AUGAUUGCAUUCGCUACAUCAGAGAACCUGGCCGAACUUGCAGCCUCCGAUGUAAUCUUCAGUGACGGCACCUUCUACACCUGUCCUACUAUAUUUUACCAGAUUUACGGCAUUCACGUACAGAUUGAAGGAAUCAUGACCCCAGUUGCAUAUGUACUACUUCCCGGAAAGAGCCAGGCUAUCUACAACCGUUUCUUCACGCUACUACAGGAGCACAUGGCAAACCUCCAGAUUCCAUUCCGACCCACAACAGCCUUCGUCGAUUUUGAGGUAGCAGCACACAACGCCAUCCGCAGUGUCGUCCAUGGAAUCAACAUAAAAAGCUGUUUUUUCCAUUACACUCAAUGUAUUUUGCGAAAGGCCAAGUCAACCGGACUCCAGACACUGUACUGCGAGAACGAUGACGUCAAACUACUUGUCCACCGUGCUGCUGUUCUUCCACUCACCCCCUUUGACCGCAUAGAAGACGUCUGGUUCCAAACCCUUGAAGAUGCUGAUACUGCUGACAUACCACAUCCCGUACUGCUUUUCACAGACUAUGUCACAGAGCAAUGGGUAGAAGGAGACCGACCAACCUGGAACCACUUCUCAACAGAAGGACUUCGGACUACCAACCAUCUGGAAGCUUGGCACGGAAAACUAAGAAAAGAGUACUGCAUGCCCAUCCCAACAUCUACACCAUCAUCCAGACGUUUAAGGACAUGCAGAACGUGA